AUGUCAUUUGAUGAUGAUGAUGAUGAUGAUGAUGAUAAAAUUACUAAAUUCGAUGAUGUUGGUGGUUUACAAGCUUUCUCAAAAUCAACUGGUAAUUGGAUAAAUGUCAAACCAAUUUGUGGUUCAUUCGUUUUCAAUAUUGGAGAUAUGUUGGAAAUCAUUACAAAAGGUUAUUAUACUUCAAUGUUUCAUCAAAAACAACAACAACAACAUCAACAACAAAAAUUGGAAAUUAUGAAAAAGAUCCAAAUAAUUCCUAUAAAUAAUUUAGAAACAACACCAACAACCACAACAAAAAUUGGAAAUUAUGAAAAAGAUCCAAAUAUAUUAAAUUUCAAAGGAACUUAUAAAUAA